UGUGUUUGCAUGCUUGGCCUAUUGGGAUAAGUAAAUAAUGGAAGCUGCAUCUAAAUAUAGAAGGUACAGAAAAGGUGUUUCAUCUCCCACUAGCACUACUGUUCAUGGUUGCAAAGCAGAGUGUCUAGAUCUAUUGCCAUCAAGAACAGAUCAAUACUGUUGUUUUUUUUGCCACAAUAAUGCUAGUUACUCAACUUUGGAGCAUGAGAAAUCAAGGGAAAAUUGUGGACUAGGGUGUCCAGUGAAGAAAAUUGGAUCCAAAUUGUUCAAACUUGGUCAUCCUAACAGUUCCAACAAGAGUGGAAAUUUGCUAGGAAGGCCAUCAUCAACUUCUGUGGCAUUUUCCUCUGUCUUGCCAACAAGAUAUGAUAAGCGUGCGGUUCUCUGUGGAGUUUCUUACACAAAAAGGAAGUUCAGGCUCAAGGGAACCAUUAAUGACAUAAGGAACAUGAAGGAGCUGUUGGUUAAGAACUUUAAGUUUCCAAAUGAGUGCAUAAGAGUCCUCACAGAACAAGAACAUGAUGCCAAUUUGAUACCAACAAAACACAACAUAUUGGAGUCCUUAAGGUGGCUUGUGAAGGAGUGUAAGCCAGGAGACUCAUUGGUGUUUUACUUCUCAGGGCACGGUUUGCAGCAACCAGAUUUCAAAGAAGAUGAGAUUGAUGGGCUUGAUGAGACUCUUUGUCCUGUUGAUUUCAUGAAAGAAGGAAUGAUCACUGACAAUGAAAUAAACUCUACCAUUGUUUGGCCACUCAAGAAAGGUGUCAUACUUCAUGCUAUUGUUGAUGCUUGUCACAGUGGAACUAUUCUUGACCUUUUGCAUGUUUAUAAUUAUGGAAGAGGAAUUUGGGAGGAUAACAAGCCCCCUUCUAAAGAACCUAUUAGAAAACAUACAAGUGGUGGAUUGGCCAUUUGUUUGAGUGCUUGUGAAGAUAGCCAGACAGCUGCUGAUAGCACAGUUUUUGGUGGAAAGGGAAUGAAUGGUGUUCUGACUUAUCUUUUCACAAAAACAAUCAGAGAAUGCCCUGAAAUAACUUAUGGGCGUCUACUAGAAAAGAUUCAUGAUGAAAUGAAAAAGAUUAACCAGAGAAGAUGCCAUAACCGCAUCUUGCAACAUAUCUUCCAUUGUAAAAUUGCACAGGAUCCUCUUUUAUCAUCAUCUGAGAAAUUUGAUGUGUCUGCGACAAUAUUCAAAUUGUGAGUGUGUAAGUUGGAAAAGAAGGACAAUCUGUCGUCUGUUAAGGAUUUAUUGCAAGGCCUUCAAUAGUGUAUCUCCGGUUGCUAUAUAUUCUGAUAACUUGGUAGUGGACAGAAGAGAACUUGUGCUAUUGCCUUUUGAAAAAAGGUCAAAUAUAUUUUUUGGUCCCUUUAAUUGUGAGGCCGAACUUAGUCCAUAACCAGUUGUAUGUGGGUCCUUGAGAUUUUUGAAUUAUUUUAUUUUAGUACUCACUAGAGGCAGACGAGUCUACGUGUCCGAAUCUACGUGUCUGAUGAAACCUUAUAUGGCACUAAACUAAUCAAUC